AUGGAGCAAAUUCGACCAAAAUCUAGGGGAAGAGCUCGUGGACAUUCUCAAGUAGCUACAAAUCAACAGGGUUUGUCUGGACCUUCUCAGGAAGUUAGAGGACCUAGACCAACACAAUCUACUGGUCCAAGACCUACCACAUCACAGUCAACGCCAAGGUUAGGUCCACUUGUACAACAUCCACUUAGUCAAAGGACUCCACAAGCUUUUACCCCGCAGCAAUUGGAUCCUAGACAUCGUGGACCAGGACCUGUAAUUUCUAGUUCAUCUCCUAAACAAGACCCGAUGUCAAAAGUGCAACAAGUUACAGAAGGACUUAAAAAUUUGGAUGCAGGAGGAACACUUUUGUCUACAAUUUUUAGGAUUCCGAGACCUGAAUCCUCAUUGAGGGAUGAUGGAAAACAAGGAAAAACUGGUCAGACCAUAAAAUUGUUGGCUAAUUAUUUUCCAAUCACUUCAAAUACAGAUUGGUGUUUGUAUCAAUAUAAAGUUGACUUCAAUCCAGAAGAAGAUACAAUUAAUAUUAAAAGAAAUUUAUUAGCUCAGCAUCGAGAACGUUUAGGAGGAUAUUUAUUUGAUGGAACAAUGUUAUUUUCUGUAAAUCGAUAUGAUCCACCGACUUUUGAACUUACAUCUAUACGUCGCUCGAAUGAACAAAAAGUUAUUAUUAAAGUGAAAUUCACAAAUAUAAUAGAAACUGGUGAUCAUGCCAAUAUUCAAGUCUUCGACUUACUUUUGCGGAAUUGUCUUCGAUACCUAGACCUAACGUUGAUAGGAAGAAACUUUUAUGAUUCAAAAGCCAUAAUUGACUUACCUCGACAUAAGCUCCAACUUUGGCCUGGUUAUGAAACAAAAAUCGGCAGAUAUGAAAAUAACAUAUUACUAUGUGCAGAUUUAACCACAAAAAUAAUAAGAGAGGAAACAGUUUUUGAUUUUUUUAAUGUGUGUUUCGCUGAUAAAAAUCAUAAUUGGCUGAUUGACUUCAAAAAUGGUGUUAUUGGUACUACAGUUAUGACUAAAUAUAACAAUGAAACAUACAGAAUAGACGAUGUAGAUGCAAAUUCAAACCCAAAUUCUAAAUUUGAUAAAAAAGAUGGAUCUAAAAUGACUUAUAUACAAUAUUACAAAGAAAAAUGGAACAUCACAAUUCGAGAUGGUAGGCAACCAAUGUUGAUUUCAAAAAAUAAAAGAUCAAUAAGGCAAUUUGAAGUUGAAGAUACAUUGGUUUAUCUUGUUCCUGAAUUAUGUUAUAUGACAGGUUUAACUGAUGGCAUGAGAAAUAAUUUCCAUCUGAAGAAUGAAUUGGACACAUAUACCCGUAUAGAUCCCAAAAAUCGCAUAAAAAAACUAACAACUUUUGCAAAUCGUCUUCUUAAAACACCCGACUCUGUAACUGAAUUAACAAAAUGGAACCUGACAUUAAGUAAUAGUCUCAUUGAAUUAACUGGUCGUAUUCUACCACCAGAACAAAUUAAAAGUGGUGCUACUGAUAAGGCGUAUAAUGGUGGUUAUCAAGGCAAUUGGACACAUCAUUUACGGAAAUUACCAAUGUUCACGCUUAAAACUGUGAAGAAUUGGACUAUAGUCACCCCAAAAGAAUAUGCGAAAGAAGUUGGUGCAUUUAUUUAUUCACUUACAAAGGUUUCGCAAGGAAUGUCUUUUACACUACCCAAACCUUCUAUAGUCACCAUAAAUGAUGCAAGUUCUAUAAGUUUUUUAACAGCACUUGAAGAAGUCGUUAACAUGUGGAAUCCCGCAUUGAUUUUAUGUGUUAUCCCAAACCCACGCAAAGAUUUAUACUCUGUAAUUAAACGAAAGUUAUGUAUCGAUAGAGCAGUACCAUCUCAAGUAGUACUGGCAAAUAACGUAAAAAAGAAUAAUUGGUCAAUGUGUACCAAAAUAGCUAUUCAAAUAAAUUGCAAACUUGGAGGUGCACCUUGGCUAGUUACCAUACCUAAAAAAGGGUUGAUGAUUAUUGGUUUUGAUGUAUUUCAUGACAGUCAACGUUCAAAUAUAUCAUUCGGAGCUUUAGUAGCUACUAUGAAUGAUACUCAUACAAGUUAUUUUAGUUGCGUAGAGCCACAUGAAGGUGGGCAGGAACUUUCGGUAUAUUUUGCUUCGAGCGUAUUAAAGGCUCUUGCCAAGUAUAGAGCUAAAAAUGGUAAAUUACCUUCUUCCAUUGUUGUGUAUAGAGAUGGAGUUGGAGAAGGCCAAAUAUCACAUGUUUAUAAGACAGAAGUAAAACUAUUACAAGCUGCUUGUGAAAAAAUGUAUGGGACACCAUGUGUACCGUUUACAUUUGUCGUUGUCACUAAACGAAUAAGUACUAAAUUUUUUGCUCCUAAUUCUAGAAGCAUCGAAAAUCCUCAACCUGGUACAGUUGUUGAUACUGUUGUUACAGACCCAACAAAGUAUGAUUUCUUCAUGGUUUCACAACAUACAAAAGAGGGCACUGUAACUCCUACACAUUAUAAUGUGAUUGAAGACACGCUUAAAUUUCCUCCUGAUAUAUUACAAAGACUUACAUUUAAAUUGACUCAUAUGUACUACAAUACGACGGGUACUAUACGGGUUCCUGCUCCAUGUCAGUUAGCUCAUAAAUUGGCAUUCCUUACUGGUCAGACUCUCCGAUCUCCUGCCAACCCUGCAUUGGAAGAUUGUCUAUUCUAUUUGUAAUUGCUUACUUUGAGAAUAUGGCAUUGAACUUAUAAAUUACUUUUUUUUAAUAACUAAUAUUCGUAUUUUUUUUUAAUUCAUUUUUUUUUCAA